GAUGGAGAACUACAAUACCCAUUACCCGCAGCUGAUUUAACUCUGAUUGGUCAAUGCGUAAUUCACCAGGUCACGUGAUCGAAAAAACCAUGGCCGCUCAGAUGCACAACACUAAUUUGACAGCUAAGCAGGAUUGUAUACUAGAGCCGCUUUGUUUCCCCGAGCACCUGUGUGGAAGCGCUUCUCUCACCUCCUCCAGCGAUGGCCGUCCCGUGACCUGUUCGCUCUGUUCAGACUCUUUUCCCGCUUCUGAAAAAGACCAACUUCUCAAGCACAUGGUGUUGGAUCACAAACUGGUUAUCGCUGAUGUCAAACUCAUCGCAGACUUUCCACGGUACAUGUUGUACUGGAAGAAACGGUUUACAGAACAACCCAUCACAGACUUCUGCAGUGUUAUCAAGACCAACUCUGAAGGUCCUGUAGGUAAGACACAUUGUAUUUGCUAUUUGUAAUGUUAGUUAAUUGCGUGGAAUUUACAGUAAACUCAUUUAAAAGAAGUUCUGGAUCAGCAGCAAAAAGAGAGGGAUGAUACAACGUUUCAUCGGGCAUGUAUGUUCUGCAGUGAGGAGUUUACUGGAAACAGGUCUUCACUGCUGAAUCACAUGGCUAAAGAACACUCUUUCAGCAUCGGCCUGCCUGACAACAUCGUCUACUGCAACGAGUUCCUCCACACUCUGGAGUGGAAACUGGAGAACAUGCAGUGUCUGUACUGUGAGAAAACAUUCAGGGACAAAACCACCUUGAAAGAUCACAUGAGAAAAAAGCAGCAUCGACGAAUAAACGCCAGAAACCAAGAGUACGAUCGCUUCUAUGUCAUCAAUUACCUGGAGUUGGGGAAGACUUGGGAGGAGGUGCAGUCUGAAGAUGACAGGGAGCUCUUUGAAGAUGAAGAUGACGAUUGGUCGGAUUGGCAGGCUCAUCCUGUGUGUGCCGUGUGUCUGUUUUGUGAGCAGCAAGCAGAAACAAUGGAGAAAAUUUACACACACAUGGAGGAAACUCAUGAAUUUGACCUGCACAAAUUAAAAACAGACUUAAGCCUCAAGUUUUACCAGCAAGUGAAACUAGUGAAUUACAUCCGGCGUGAGCUUCACCAGUGCCGAUGCUACUGCUGUCAGGAGAAGUUUGAAACCAAAGAGGAACUAGUGCAACACCUGGUUAACACAGGUCAUGUGAUGCAGCUGCCUGAGAUCUCGCACUGGGACCAACCGCAGUAUUACUUUUAUUAGUAUGAGAACGACGCUCUUCGUACAGCUCUGUCAGACAGCGAGAGCGAAUCUGAGGGUCUAAAUCCCAGCUCUGAUGUUCCCGUUAUUGCUGAAGACAUUUCGAACCUCAAGGUUAUAAAACAGACCAGUGUGCUUAAUAAACUGCUCAAAGACAGAGGCGGCUCCAACUGAAGAUGAGGGACACCCAGAGAAUUCUGUUCCUAUUGCU